AUUGCUACCUACAUAUCCUACCUCUACCUACGAGUUUGUGUUCGACGCUACGCUAUGCCGAUGUUUUUCUUUCAAUAAGAUUAAUCGGAUAUAUUAUAAACCCAUUUAACCUUGAUUAAUCUAUCAUCUAAUCGUUUGUAAGUUAACCUAUCAUGACUUCAGAAACCAUACCAACCCCUCCAUCGGUAUCAUGGGCGCAGAGAAAUUCCCGUAUCUUGUUAACAAUAAAUGUAGAAUGUGAAAAACCACAUAUCAAAAUUGAUAACAAGUCUUUUGCAUUCAAAGGCCUAUGUCAACCAGACAACAAAGUACAUGAAAUUAAAAUAGAUUUGUAUGAUGAAAUAGAUCCUGAAAAAAGCACUUAUCUUAAUAAGGGAAGACUUAUAGAUGUAUGCUUAGUCAAAGCGAAAAUUGAUCAACCAUUCUGGCUUUCACUGACAAAUGAUAAGAAGAAACAUCAUUGGCUGAAAGUAGACUUUAACCGUUGGCAAGAUGAAGAUGACAGCAACGAUGAAAUUGAUGACAUGAAUGACAUGUUCUCUGACAAAUUAGGUGAUUUUGGUAAUGAAAAUGAAAGUGAAGAUACCAGUUCUGCUGAGGAUGAAGAUCUUCCUGAUGUUAAGUAAUGGUAGAUAAACCAAUUACUCUAGCCAAAGUUUAUAGUAUAUAUUGUAAGAUUAUUUUCUCAAUGCUUUACAGACUAGUUUUAGGCUGCAUGCAUGCAUUGUGUUAUGCAUUUUCUCCCAUGGGAAUGUGAGAUAUUGUAUGAUUACAAUAUUUUUAUUCACAUCCAAUUUUAAAUUAAACCAAUGUAUUUGCUAUAUCCAUCUGGAUGUGUUGCUAUAGUAAAUAAAGAUAGGUAUUAAAACUGAAAUAUGAGACCUAGAAUCAUGUUUAGUGGUAAGAAAAAGUUGUCAUGUUAUUGGUUCUCAUAAUAUGUGUCAUCUUCAGUUAAUAUUAAACCGUCACCUAGAAACCAGUCACCAGAUAUCAAUUGUUUAUCUAUUGUAUCUAGAUUCUCCACUAUCAACAAGUAGAAAUAGUGAUAUAGUGGUUUUUUAUUUCUGAAGUCUUCGUUAUGUGGCCUUCAGCCUUCUCCUAAUUGUCAUUAAAAUUUUUAUUGUAUCAUGUAGUCGAGGUAUUUUUACACUGUCGAUAUUUAUUAACAUGUAAAAUAUUUUAGUUUAAAACUCAAGGUUUUAUAUAAAUGUUAGUAUGUACCAAUCCACGAUUGAUAGUGGUGCUCAAAUAAAUUACUGAUAUGAACUAAUUUAUGUCUGAUUGUCCUUAUCUUAUUGGUCCUUAAUUUAUGGUAGCAUGAGUAUUUAAUUUGUUAACUGGAUUAUAUGUAAGUAUUGUGUGUCUGUAUAGCCAUACCAAGUGGCUACUGGGUACCACCUACUAUUACCAUUAUUUUGUAUUAUAAAACUGUCAUUUUCCCGCGACGUCGUCCGCGUGUCCCUUCCAAGAAAAGAAUUUAAAUAAAACCUCAUUCGUUUAACGCGCGUAUUAUUUUGAACCGUCUCUAGUUCAAUUUCGCGUGUCCCGUAAAAAGAUUCUUUGUGUAGUGUGGCUUAAUAUGUUAUUGUUUUUAUUUUCUCUAAGAAAUACAAGAAUUUCAGCAUUCAUUCUCUUCGGCAUUUAUUACUGGUUUUCAUUGCGGCAAAUAAAAUUUCACUAUAAGUGUAGGCGGCGGUAGUAUGUAGCCGGCUUUAUAGUUUUCCAUUACCUAUGCAAUGUAGUUAGUAAUAAACAGGUGGCGUUUGUGUGCGGCUAGGCACGGCCUUCAGAUAUUGUUAAGAACUUUAAAACCAAAAUAAAACUAUGAGGAUUGAAUCUUCUGAUAAAAAUAGAGGAAACUACCUCGGAUCCUAUACGUAGGUACAUCACCUCAUAUCUUGAUAUUCACACUCCAUGUUCACACUAUUGUUUUUUUUUAUUUUCAGUACGAAUGGAGACCAGACAGGUCUUAACAUUCUUAAACUAUUUUCUUUCGAUUUUCAAAUCAAGUUUUAAAAAUCAUAUACAAUGUGGUGAAGACACAGAUAUAAAAACAUUAGGUACAUUGAAGGGUGAAGAGUACCGUGAGUACCCAAUAACUUUAAGGUUUAAUAUUGAAGGAACAUUGAACCUUUGACAAAAUAAGUGAAUCAAUUUUACCAGAUUGGUAUGUAUACAACAAAUUGCAAAUAAAUUAUCAAAUUCUCA